AUGUAUCCACGAUGGUCAAUCACGAAGCAACUGCUGGAACCGGGAGCCGUCGAGGACGAGCUUGAGGAGCUGGUGCUUGUGGUCUCUUCAGCUGUAGACGAGCUCGAUGAGCUUGUGCUUGUGGUCUCCUCGGCCGUCGAGGAGCUGGUGCUUGUGGUCUCCUCGGCCGUCGAGGAGCUUGUACUUGUGGUCUCUUCAGCUGUAGACGAGCUCGAUGAGCUUGUGCUUGUGGUCUCCUCGGCCGUCGAGGAGCUUGUGCUUGUGGUCUCUUCGGCCGUCGAGGAGCUUGUGCUUGUGGUCUCUUCGGCCGUCGAGGAGCUUGUGCUUGUGGUCUCCUCGGCCGUCGAGGAGCUUGUGCUUGUGGUCUCUUCGGCCGUCGAGGAGCUUGUGCUUGUGGUCUCCUCGGCCGUCGAGGAGCUUGUGCUUGUGGUCUCCUCGGCCGUCGAGGAGCUUGUGCUUGUGGUCUCCUCGGCCGUCGAGGAGCUUGUGCUUGUGGUCUCCUCGGCCGUCGAGGAGCUUGUGCUUGUGGCCUCCUCGGCCGUCGAGGAGCUUGUGCUUGUGGCCUCUUCAGCUGUAGAUGAGCUUUCCGACGUGCUGCUUUCAGAAGUGCUGCUUUCAGGAGUACUGGUUUCAGAAGUGCUGCUUUCGCUUGUCGUGGAUUCGUCAAGGGUGGUGGAGAAACUUGUGGUCUGCUUAGCGGUGCUUGAGCCAGUACUUGACUCAACUUCGAACGAGCUACCAGACGGGCUUGUCGUUUCUUGA